AUUAUAACACGGUCUCCAAAAGCAUGUUUUUGAGAAUGGGUGUCACAAAACGCACCGUUUUGGACGGGGUUUUCGUCUUUGCCGAUGAAGAACGACACCGUUUCACUGCAAAACAGAGCUGGGAACUCGAAGCCGGCCACUGCAACGACAGUGUACAGGUUUAAGAGAGGGCGCGAGCGGGAGAGAUUGGAAGUCGAAUCCCCAACUGGAGCACCCACUAUGCUUCUUGUCCGAUCAACGGCAGUGGUUUUCGCAGGGUACCCAGGCAUGAGGCGAAAUGAAGUCCUUGUCCAGAAAUUUGGAAUGAACUACAACACACUGCCAUAUAUCAGGGAAAGGUGCUGUUUCUCAAUUAGAAGUCUGUAUUUUAGAGUCUUAAGAAUUAUGAAUUAAGAAUCAUAAAGUAGAAAUGGAGCACAAUUAUUAUAUUCAUACAAUUUCAUUUUGAAUUUGGCCAACUUCCCGCCUUUGACAAGAAGUACAAGUCAGAUAUCUAAAAAUGUCAGGUCUUGCACUCUUACUAGCCUUCUUCGUUCAUUUUCUUCCCCCAAAUAAACUUUUAGUCAUCUUCCGUUGGAUCAUUAUUGUGUUGAUCUACUUAGCUCAACUGAAAUCCUUCAUCAGCAAUGUGAAUCCUAUUUUUUCCUUCCAGCUCUAUCCGGGGUCAUGUCAUAUACCAAAUGUUCUUUAUUGUCUGUGUUCUUCAUUAAAUGAAAAUAAUCUUUUGUAAUA